GACUGCUAGCAAUAAACCAACCUCGUCAACAAGGACCAUCCGAGAAGCAAAUUUGGGCUCCUUUCUAGAUAGAAAAGACGAAGGCAAGCAGGAGGAACAUGCGCCGCACUCUGAACUACAAGAUCAAGUCCUUCUUACGUCUGAUUGUAUUCAAAUGGUGGGAAGACCAGGUCUCCAUGAAGGAAACUGCAAUACAGGAGUGUGACGUUGAUUCGGAUGAUGGACGAAAUUUCGGAAACAAAUGGGAGAGAGACGAGCAGGGAAAAGAGCAGGGCGAGGAGGAGGGUGAGGAAGAACAACAACAACAAGAAGAGGGUAAAGAACAACAAGAAGAAGAGGAAGACGAAGGAGGAACCAAAAUAGAGACAUAUAGGAUUGUGGGUCCAUACUACUUGUUUGGACUAACAGACCUUGACUGCUGCACUCCUGGAUCGUUAAAGACUUCGUUACAACUCGAUCCCUUCCGUGUAAUGCAGGGUAUCUGGGCAGUUAUUGGUAUCUUUUAGGAGAACUAACAGUAAUCCUUUGCCUUGAUCAGUGUAAUAUAUGUUUGAAUCUGAGGACACUAUGGAGCAUACAAAUCAGCCCUUUCGUUAUAAUAGCUACAGCGUACUAUAGAAGCGAGCUGAACGCCUAUGCGAGCCAACUACUCUAUUACUCUCGGGAAUAUCAAUAGUCUACCUACAAUCGUGCGACCAUGACCCUGAUGAAG